UGUGAUUUUGCGGAUCUUGAUGAGUAAUUGAACGGUCUGAUUCCCGUCUUCUUCUCGGAGGAGAGAAGCUCUUUGGAUCAUUGCGCACUAGUUUCUCACAACGCCAUGGCUAUCCUGCUCCAAGCUCACGCCUUUGCCGGCAAUCCUACGAGAUCCAAUCGCCCUCAAUCCAUGUCUCCGAGCUCUGCCCAUGAAUCGCUGAAAUCCCUUCUCGCUGGUCCUCCUUCUGAUGUCUCUAAUCUGAAUUUCAAGGUGCUUGUCUUCAAAAAUGGCAAGCCUUUGGCGACCUCCUUGGAUCAAAGUUCGGAUUCCCCUCCAAAGUGGCGUCUUGGAUGGAGUCCGCCGUCUAACUUCAAGGAUUUGUCUGCGGACUCAUUUGUUUAUCUUGGGGAGGAAUCGGAGACAGUUUAUUGGGCAAUCGAUGCCUCAAAUGAUGAGGAUAAGGUUUCCAAGUGUGCUGGUGGCGAUGGGUUUUGCUUCGUUGAGCUGAGGACUCUGAUGGUGGCCACUGAUUGGGCCGACGCAGGCUCCAUGGGUGAGCUCGCCAUUGCCGGCCAUGCAAGGGGUUUGCUAGAGUGGCAUAACACAACCCGUUUUUGUGGAUAUUGUGGAUCCAGCACUAUUCCUAUCGAUGCAGGAAGACGGAAGCAGUGCACGAAAGAGACUUGCAAGAAGAGAGUCUAUCCUCGAGUCGAUCCGGUGGUCAUUAUGCUAGUAAUUGACAGAGAAAAUGAUCGUGCACUCCUUAGCCGACAAUUCAGAUUCGUACCACGAAUGUGGAGUUGCCUUGCUGGUUUUGUAGAGCCAGGGGAAAGCUUAGAAGAGGCUGUUCGAAGAGAAACUUGGGAGGAAACUGGUAUUGAAGUCGGUGAAGUUGUCUAUCAUAGUUCUCAACCAUGGCCCGUUGGACCUAGUAGCAUGCCGUGCCAGCUGAUGGUCGGGUUUCAUGCAUAUGCGAAAUCAUUUGAUGUUCAUGUUGAUAAAAAUGAGCUUGAAGAUGCACAAUGGCACAGUAGAGAAGAUGUGAAGAAAGCACUGAACUUUGCCGAAUACGAGAAAGCUCAGAGAACAGCAGCCAUCAAAGUGAAUCAAAUGUGCAAAGGUGUUGAGAGGACAAAGAGCUUCUCUUCUGACUUCAAUGUCGAGAGUGGCGAACUAGCUCCGAUGUUCAUUCCCGGUCCGUUUGCCAUUGCUCAUCAUCUGAUCUCCUCCUGGGUUUAUCAAGGGGAUGACAAGCCAGAGAAACACCAGAAUUUCUCUAACUUAUGACUGAUGAUCAGUCAUUCAUAGUCCAUUGUCUAUACAGUGUUGAACUUCCAUGAAUUUAUAUAUAGUUUUGGUGAAUUCUUGCCUUGAAACAAUACUUUGCAAGUGUAUCAAUCUUCAUUUAUUGUCUAAAUAAAGAUGUGAGUUAUUGUUGGAA